AUGCUUUGACGUCAGUUGCCAGCCUCAUCCGCGCCAAGCUUCUCGACCUCUGUCACGUGACUGAUCCUGCAGACCCGGCUGUCCAGUGCUGCCGCUGUGCAGCUGCGCUUGGUUAUUCAUCCCGAGCUUGCGGCCGGGUUUUAUUUUCUGGGGCAUAGAAAUGCAAAAGCAACGUCACCUGUCGAGCUGUCAGCCAGGACCAUCACUGUGAUGUGUAACGUUUCCGCGUCGUAGUCGCGUUCAUGGCAUCUCCGUUGCGAAAGCGCACGCUUUUCCUGACACUGGACGCAUUCGGAACAAUUUUCCACCCGAGAAAGCCCGUGCCGCUGCAGUACAGUGCUGUAGGGGCCAAAUAUGGGUUUCGAGGAUUGUCGGCAGCUGACCUAGAGAACUCGUUCAGAAAGGCUUUCAAAGAAGAGAGCAGAAUUCAUCCCAAUUAUGGUAAAGGAGUUGGUCUCGACGCCAGUCAAUGGUGGGCCAAUAUCAUCAAGGGCACUUUCGAACCUUAUACUGCCAUCGCUGAUGCGCCAAAAGAAGUCCCCAAGCAGAUGAUUGAAGAGCUGCUCUAUCGAUUCUCGCACAAAGAAGGCUACGCUAUCUACCCCGACGCGCUCGAGCUCUUCGUCGCCCUGCGCAUCGUCAAGAAAUCCAUCCCAGAGAACGCCAAUUGGCCGUGGGGGAAAACCAUUGUGAACGUCAUUUCCAACUCGGACGACAGAAUCAUCAGCGUUCUCGAGUCACUCGGCAUAAGCGUUGGCCACGGCCGCGACAUCGAGAACGUGAUCAUCUCGUACGACGUGGGAGCCGAGAAGCCCGAUCCGCGGAUCUUUGAGUACGCGGCAAGAUAUGCGCCUCGCGAUGCGGUGAAGGUGCACGUGGGCGACGAUGUGGCAAAGGAUGCUGUGGGCGCGACGGCCGCGGGCAACGGGUGGUACGGAUUGUUGCUUGACAGAGAGAAGAAGUACGAAGAGUGGAAUGCAGAUCAAGAGCACCACGGGCUUGUGAAGAUUGAGCGUGACGGCCACGUAAUCGCAGUGCUAAAUAGCCUCGAUGCCCUGCGACAGUGGAGUCCAAGAUCAUGAUAGAAAAAGGAAGCCUCAAGACUGGAUAACACAUCAUUAUCAUCAUCAUUGCGAUCA